AUGGAGCGCCGGUGGAGCCGGGAUUGCACGCCUGGGCACCUGAUAGAAUGCCUCCACGACAUCGCCACGCGCCUUGCGCUGGAACACGAACGGCAGGCGGCAGCGCUGCGGACCCUGCAAGAAGAGAACGAAAAGCUCAAGGAAGCCGGUGUGGCUUCAAACGAUCUUUCGCACACGUUGCGAACCUUGGAAGGGAGCUCUCCUGUCCUACGAGGCGCGGACUCGCCAAAACUGAACCGGGCUGCCACAAUGACCUCCGCGCUUUCGAGCACCUGGUCCUCCGCGCUGCGGACAGCGGGAAUAGCGACGACAGAGGCGCGGGAUACAAAUCCACCAGAUGCCGAAGCAGAGGAGGAGGUAUUGGAGGAGAUCGAUGUGGAUCAGCUUCGACCCCUUCGAACGGCACGCACGAGUUCGGAUCUGGCUUUGCAGAGUCGGCACUCGAAGUCGAACUUUGUGGCAGAGGAGAAGGUUCAGUUCAUGAUCAUGAGAGCUGAGAAGUCCAAACGGUUCGGCUCGAAGAAGCCCGGGUACGUGAUCAACCCAGACAGCUUUGCAGCUAUCACGUGGCAGAUAGUGACGAGUUGCUGCAUGGGCUUUGUGGCACUGGUCACGCCUGUCCAGGUUGGGCUUCUUGACAUGCGCUUCGAUGCGAUCUUCUUUUUCAGCUUAUGUGUGGACCUCGUCUUCCUCAUCGACAUGAUUCUGCAGUUCUUCACUAUGUACCCGAAGUCCACUGCGCGGGGCGUCGAAUGGGAGCAUCGCUGUGACCACAUUUGCGCCCACUACCUCAGGACGUGGUUCGCUCUCGAUUUUGUGACGAUUAUUCCUUUCGACAUCCUCAGCUUGGCUUUCGGCACGGACAACUUCAAGGAGCUGAAGAGUAUCAAGGUGGUGCGAGCUCUCCGCUUGCUGAAGCUGAUGAGGAUGCUUAAGUCAUCCAGGCUGCUUCACAAACUGGAGAUUGCACUCUCCAUCCCCUACCAGCACUUCGCGCUGAUCAGAUUUCUGUUUGGCUUGGUUUUGGUUUGCCACUGGUUAUCAUGCUUCUGGGCCAUGUGCUUGCACCUUGUCAACGAUGACAUCCCAAAGUGGAUCGAUGACAUCGCUGCAUCGGAUGCCCGCUUUGGCAUUGAAACCAGUCCGAUACGAGUGUACAUUGCGUCCUUCUAUUUCUGCAGCUACACGAUGACCUCGGUGGGCUAUGGUGACCUGGGUCCUCAAAAUAUCCUCGAGCGCAUUGUUUGUACCAUCAUCGUCCUCGUUGCAGGCCUUUGUUGGGCGCAGAUACUGGGAGAGGUGUGUGCCAUCUCCUCUGACAUGAAUGCCGAGACGUCUGCAUUCCGAAAGAAGAUGAACAGCUUGAACAUGAUGAUGCAGGAGCAGGGGCUCCCACACGAUCUGCGACGACGCCUCCGCAGCUUCUUCCUGCAGAACCGACACCAAGCGCAGUACGUUGUGCGACAAAAGCUUCUGGACAACAUGAGCCCACAGCUCCAAUCAGAGGUUUGCACAGAGAUGAACCUGCCCUGGAUCCAGAAAGUCACUUUUUUCUCGCAGUUUAUGGCGCAGAUUGAGAUCGCUGAGAGCCGCGGCAUCGACACGGACCCUUACCGCGUCUGCAUCGCCGACACCUCCAGGCAGCUGCGUUGUGGAGCGUUUGCCCAGCGAGAGAGCUUUGACAACAUCCAGGUCUUGUAUAUUCUCUCAAAGGGCCUCGUAGUCCUGAACAGCAAGGUUGGCACAAACGGCACAGUUUGGGGCGAGGACUUCGUCCUCUCUGACACAAGCCUCAUCAGACCUGUCGGUGGCUUCGCCUUGACCUACAUUGAGGUUCUCUUUCUCACCAGGGAGAGCUUCAUGCAGGUUAUUGAGCGCCGACGACUGACGUGCCCCCAGCUUGGGCGGUCGCUCGGACAAGAAGGGCAAGUCUGCGCGCGGUGUUUGCUUUGGGGCUAA